GACUCGGGAAAUUGGCGUUGUGUUGUUCUGCAUUUUUGAGAGUUAAAAUCUAACAUUCAUUAUUUAUAAUUCAUGUGAGAGUCAGUAACGCAAUAUGACUCUCACGACUAAAAUGGAAGUGGACACGGUGAAGGGUGAGGGUUUUCGCCCGUACUACAUAACCAAGAUUGAAGAGUUACAGCUCAUUGUCGCCGAAAAAUCUCAAAAUCUUCGUCGUCUUCAAGCCCAGCGUAAUGAACUCAACGCUAAAGUUCGUAUGCUACGCGAGGAGCUGCAGCUCUUGCAAGAACAGGGAUCGUACGUCGGAGAAGUGGUUAAACCGAUGGAUAAAAAGAAGGUCCUUGUAAAAGUGCAUCCCGAAGGUAAAUUUGUCGUCGAUUUAGACAAGAACGUUGAUAUUAACGAUGUCACGGCCAAUUGUCGUGUCGCUCUUCGCAACGAAAGCUAUACCUUACACAAAAUACUACCCAACAAAGUCGAUCCUCUUGUGUCGCUCAUGAUGGUCGAGAAAGUGCCGGAUUCUACUUACGAAAUGGUAGGUGGUCUAGACAAACAAAUCAAGGAGAUCAAAGAGGUGAUUGAGUUGCCUGUGAAGCACCCAGAGCUGUUUGAUGCCCUUGGGAUUGCGCAACCAAAAGGAGUCUUACUGUAUGGGCCUCCGGGCACUGGAAAGACAUUAUUAGCUCGUGCUGUCGCCCACCACACUGAGUGCACUUUCAUACGUGUUUCUGGAUCAGAAUUGGUACAGAAAUUUAUUGGAGAAGGUAGUAGAAUGGUGCGAGAGCUCUUCGUAAUGGCCAGAGAACAUGCUCCUUCAAUCAUUUUCAUGGACGAAAUAGACUCUAUUGGGUCUUCCAGGAUUGAGUCAGGAAGUGGGGGUGACUCCGAAGUUCAGAGAACCAUGUUGGAGCUGCUGAAUCAACUUGAUGGUUUUGAAGCUACGAAAAACAUCAAAGUCAUUAUGGCAACUAAUAGAAUUGAUAUCCUUGACCCUGCUUUGCUCCGACCCGGUCGUAUUGAUAGAAAAAUUGAGUUCCCUCCGCCAAAUGAGGAGGCCCGUUUGGACAUCCUCAAAAUUCACUCGAGAAAAAUGAAUCUGACUCGAGGAAUUAAUUUACGUAAGAUUGCAGAGUUGAUGCCAGGAGCUUCGGGUGCUGAAGUUAAGGGUGUUUGUACUGAAGCUGGAAUGUAUGCUCUGCGUGAGAGACGAGUGCACGUAACUCAGGAGGACUUUGAAAUGGCUGUCGCUAAAGUCAUGCAGAAAGACUCUGAAAAGAAUAUGUCCAUCAAGAAACUUUGGAAGUGAUCAAAUUCUUUAUUUGAAUUUCAGAUUAUGCAUUAGAAUAAAUAAGAUUUUUUUUUUCUCAUAUAAA